ACCUCUUUUGAUAUAGUUGCCAAGAAAAAUAUGCAUUUUUGACAUUAUGUAAUAUUAUACUCUGCGUUCAUUGUAGUUUCAUCAAGUUAUUAUUUCUUGUAGUCCAGAGAGUGUUCUAUUGAACCAAUUGCUAUCUGCUAAGAUCCUAUUACGAGUGGUUUACUGAAUUGGUAUAGACUAAAACAUGGCUUCAGUGAAAGUGCCUGAACAAAAGGUUAUACUUUGUGGAGAGUAUGGUGUUGGCAAAAGUUCUCUCUUCCGUCGGUACUCCACAAACACCUUUGUGACUGCAACAGAUAGGCAGUCAACAUUGGGUCUUGAUCAUUUUGACAGAGAAUAUAAAGUAUCUGGAAAACACAUAAAACUACAGUUAUGGGAUACUGGAGGCAUGGAACGUGUUGCAUCAAUCACGUCCAGUUAUUAUAAAUUUGCAGAGGCAGCCAUACUAGUAUUUGCUCUAGAUAAUGCUGCUUCAUUUCAUGUUUUGUCCCAGCAUCUCCUGGAUAUAGUGACAUAUGCAGAAAAUGCAAAGAUAUUCCUGUGUGGCAAUAAAUCAGAUUUGGAAGGUCACACUCCACAAGUUACUGAAAGUGAUAUGGAAAGUUUUUGUGAGCAGUGUCAUAAUCUAAUCAGUGCUACAUACAAAACUUCAUGUAAGACUGGUGAGGGAGUGGAAGAAAUGUUUGCUGAUAUUGCACAUCACUUAGUGCAGGCAAAUAGGUCACGUUUAGAAUUACAGACAAUGGACCAAGAAUCUUUUAAAAUCUCAGCCCCAGAUGAAGCUACAGAACCAUCAUGUCUGUGUUAACAUAUUUUUGCAUGGUUGUGCUCCUUGAACUGAACUGUGAAACGCAGCGAAGAUCUCUCUUUAUAUAUCAAGGGAAUUUACUCAUUUAAUUACUGUCUUCCUAGGUAAGAAAUGAAAAGGCUACUUUAAUUUUCAUUGAUUAGCUCAUGGUAAAAUGUAUUCCAAUUAAUGAAACAAUUUAACAUACAUUUUAUGUAACAUAAUUGAUUAUUAUAGGUAGCAAAUGAUUUUCAUCCAUUGUUACACUUCUCGACAGUCCAUCCAUUAUAUGUCCUUUAUUUAUGCCAAUAUUUUGUAGUUAAAUGGUUUGUAUGAUAACACUAAUGCUGUACAAAAGUGAUUUUUUUACAAAUAUAUUUUGUGUGUUCUUUGUAACUAUGUAAAGUAAAUUGUUUACUUGAUCAUUGGAAACUUAUUUUUUCAGGCAUUGUGCUUAUCAGGCCAGUAAGAACAAUGCUGUUAAGAAUUGGGUGCAUGAGAUGUAUUUUGAUAAACUACUAAUGUGUAAAUGUGAAUAGACUUGAGCUUCACAGAGUUAUUCUAGAUUGUCUUUUCACAUUCUUCUCUUUCUCCAACAUCCCUAAGUUCUGUUUGAUUCAUUCAUUCAUUCAUUCUUUCUUUUCUUCCUGUAUGUUAUGAUCAAUUAAGAAAUGAAAAUCUAAUAGGCAACAUUGUCUACACUUUGUUGAUCUUCCUUUGUUUUUCCAUUCCACACUGUAUAAAUAUCAUGUGUUGUUAUUUUGUCAUUUCUAACUUAAUUAGGUAGAUGAGACCUAUGAAUCUCAAACGUGUGAUGGCCGUUAGAGAAAGGGACAUAAGUCCUGCAUAGUUUGCAAGUAUUAUGUACUACCAUUUCUUAAGAUUUAAAUUUGGGGCUUAAAUUAUUUUUGUUACUACACAAAACAUUGUCACUAAGCUGACAAAACAGAACUAUAAGCGGUAGAGUAGAAAUAAUAAUGGAGAACUAGAUUUAGAUUGUCAGGGCAUUCACCUUUCAGGUUGGUCAUAGGUAUGAAUAAAAUUAUCUAAAUUAAACAUACAUUGUAAACAAAUGAAAGCAACAAAUACAUUAUAAUUGAUACAGAAUUUCCUUGCCGAAGAUGAGAUAUUUAGCAAUGCCAGUAAACUUGUUUAAAAGUACAUGAGACUGUCAUAGCUUUCAAAGCUAUUAGUCUCUCAAAGGAACAUUGUAAAAUACUGAAUACUAACAUCUUAACUUGUAUAAUGAAACGAAUUUUUUAGACUUUUCAGGGUCACUUCAGUCAUCUUAGCAUCACCUUAAAUGGGUGCUAGAGUUUAAAGUAACUAAUUCUCAGGAAUUAUGAAAGACUUCCACAAAUAUUUAUUACAUACUUACUGCACUGCAUGAAAUGUGCAAACUACACUUGUUAGUAAUAUGACACUUCAGUUUUACAGUGGUGGUCCCCAUGUACAAUUAGGGUUAAACAGUUAACAGAAGUGGAUCCCAGUCUUCCUGGGGUGACGGUGACCUGUGAUUCUUGUUUAACUUUCCCUAACAUCUCUCUCCCUUCAUCUAGAGGAAGGAAGUAAUAUUUCCAAGUGCUGGACUAGUGUCGUAUUUUUUGUGUUUUUGUUGGCAGUACUAAAUUUUUCGUUUCCCAGAGGUAAGUACUGGCCAGAGAUUACAUCCUAUAAUUUUAUAAUUUUCUGGAACGGAUUCUCCUUUUGAUACAAACUGCUGCAUGACAGAUGGGGGGAGGGGAGAUGGGAGGAAGAUUCUUAAAUCAUAACACCAACUGGACAAAUAGGAGUGCCGAGAACAUGACAUCCUGCUGCAAAUUUUUCUAAAGCAUGUUUUGCAACUUUCGGUUUUUAAGAGCAAGUAAAUGUUGCCAUUAAUAACACAGAACAGACUUAAAUGGCAACACAUUUGUUUUGUAAAUUUGAAUGAUAUCACGGUUUCGUAGUUUUAGAUUCCAAAGGGUGUCUAAAAACUAAACUAUGAAUUGUAUGCAAUUUUAGUAAAUAGUCUUAUAGCUGUACUGUGUUGCUUGUUAUAGUUUCUGGUAGAUAAAAAGUACCACUGACAGUCUGAUUUGCUAAACUGUGGGGCUCUUCUGAAAUAAAAAUCACUUCUGUUAUUUAUGGGUUUGGAGUUACAUUAAUACUGCGCAUCUUUAAAUAUUAAUUGUGUAGUGCAAACACAUCCUGUUCUUUGCAUGUGUAUAGGACACCCAGUUGUUAUAAAAUACUCAAAUUAUCACAGUUACCUCCUUGCCUUAGAUCUGUGCAGAGGUAAGACAUUGGACUUGUAUUUAUGAAGAUUAUGGUUCAAAUCCAGCCAUCCAUAUCUAAAUUUAUCAUUGUUUCCCUAAAUUGCUCAAGCAAAAUCUGGGAGUGAUUGCUUUGAAAAGGAUGUGGCUGAUUUGCUUCCCCAUUCUCCCACAGUCUGUGCUUACGCUGUGCCUCUAAUGACCUCUUUGUCAACUAGACAUUAAACCUCAAUCUUCCUUUCUGCUUUAGAUAAUUAGCACCAUGUGACUACUACUGACAUAGAAAAAGUGGUGUGGAAAACUUGUUGUCUGUGGAAUCUCUCUUUUGUGUAUUGUUCACAGAUAAAAGUAAAAAAUGAAAAUUAAUAUUAUUUGAUACACAGUAGAAGUGUCUAAUUAUCAGCUGCUGAAAUGGGAGCAAUGCAGUAAUAUUUGAAUGGGGAUGUAGUGAAAAAUCUCAACAAGAAAGAAGUAGCCUCCACCUCCACUCCCAAAAGAAUAGAAGAAUAAUUAGUUAGGCGAUUGUUACAGCACACAACUUAGUAAUUGUACACUGGCUGAGACAUGAAAAAUAAAUGUCCUGUAGCAUACAAAAACCACUGCUAGAUAAAAUAAUAUAAGAGGAAAUAUGACGUAUGUCGGGUAAGGUGAUAGAGCUGAGUACCAUUACAAUUUUGGGCUAGUUGUGACAGAUUAGCUAUGCAACAAAAUAGAAAAAAUAAGUGCCACUUUUUGUACAGCUGUACUAGAUAAUAUCAGCAAAAUAAAUCUUCAACAGUGAUGCUAAUUAUGAUGAUAUGAACUGUUUGACAGUAUUAAACAAUUAGGGAAUGACUUGAUCUUAAAAUUAUUGUGGAGGGACAAGUCUAGUACAGUUGGAACUGAAAGCCAUUGCAAGUAUGUUUAACAAUAACGGGUCUGCCUCUUGGUGACAAUGAUUUCUUAUGGAGGGGUACACAGACAUAAUUAUCCUCUUAUGUUCACGGUGAUGUUUAUUUACUGUAAAUCCCACUCUGACAGUAUGCAAGUCUGUACGAAGACAAAGUUGACAAAGUGAGCGCAUGGUGUGAAAGCUUAUCCCAUGUAGAUAUACCUAAUUAGAGCUUUAACACUGAAAAUAUAACAGCGUUACUGAUUCACUAGGAUGUUUUGUCGCCUUGGGUCCAUUAUCCUGUAUGGUCUGGUGGGAUGGCUUACAGAAUUAUUGCAAUGACUCCUUUUUCAUGUUGUUUGUAGGCAAUCCCCAACUUAAAGCUGUUUUUUAAACUGGGGACCUAAUCUUUCAUGAGAUAGAAUGUGCAUAUGUGGGCAAAGUGAGGAAGGAAACAAAAAAGAGCUGAAUAUAUCAAUAAGUAUAACAGACUGUUAGUGAAAAUUAUUGAUAAUGUAGCAGUAGCAUUGCAUUUUUUCAACAUGUUGGUAACUGACUUCCCACACUGAGCACAUGUCAAGAAACAGGUAAGAGCCAUUGGAAAUUGUGGAACCAUCAGAUAAGAUUCUUUGUCGCUUAUUAAAAUUUAAACUGUGAUUAAAUUGAUUUUCUUGCUAGACUCAGUGUUUUGCCAUCUAUGGCAGACAUCUUCAGGGUGCAUGAGACUGAUGUGAACUUUUGUGCUGAGGAAGAAACAGUGGGUUGACCUUGAGAAUUCAUUUAGCCACAGCUAAAUAACUGAGAAAAUUUUAAUAACUGUAACAUUUAUGAUAGUAAAAGCCUAUUUUUUUUUUUUCGAGAGUUUGAUUACACCACUUAUUUACACACAUCCAACCCUUUCUCUCCCACCAUCCACAUCAGCCAUUGUAUUUUGUCAUGUUGGUUUUAAUUUCAUAUACAUUCUAUUUUAUUUUUCUUGUUGCCCUACUAAACUAAAAAUCUUAUUUUCAGCCAUUAAAUUUUUUUGGCUAUUUAUGUAUAGUCUACUGUAAUUUGUGUUGUGAUGACACUCAUAUUUGCAUGUGAACUUAAAUAUGUUUUAAUUAUCAGUCUCUUGAGUACUGGAAUGUAGUCAGUCAGAUAGUGGUGAAGAAAUGUAUAAGUCUCAGUUGUCGGCUGUUGAAAUAUAGUAAGGGAAGGAGGAGGAGUUUUAUUGAGAUAUGCUGGUCCAGAUUCAUUAUUGUUGCACAUCUUUACAUGUAUUAAAAAUUAAUUGCUAAAUACAGUUCCAGAAAAUGAAUGCUCCCAUACUGUUGACCAAAUUAUGUGAUUUUAAGACACUUAUGAGCUUUUGUAAGAUCUGUCAUUUGGAACUCCAUUUUCACUUUUAAGUAAAACUUGAGUACUGAUGCUGUGAUUGGCCUGCAUCAUUUAGUAACUGGUGUGAUCUACUGCAGAUUCCUGUCUUUUGUUCACCUUCUCUGUACUGUUGUUUCAGUGCCAUAACAAUGUUUCUCAUGUCCCCACAUCUGUUGUAAGACAACAUGUAUUUAAGACUUGGAAGAAAAUACAGUGCUUCAGAAAAUUCCGCCCAUAUUGUAUCAACAAGGUUUUUAAAAUAUGUACUGUUAAUCAUAACUUGUAGGUUGUGGCAUGCAAAAAGGUACAUACUAAGUUCUUUUUUCCAAUCAUAAAUUUUGAGUGUGUUUAUUUCAUUGCAUUUUAUUGGUGGUGCUCAUACGAACAGUUUCAGUGUGUGUAUGUGUGUGUCAGAAAGGAGUGCACAGUUAGCACAGAGAAACUAUGUGUUUGUUAAAACAUACUUACUAAACAAUAUUAAACAGUACUAAUCAUUUUAACCCUCGAGUGGGCGUGCCUUUAUAUAAAGUGCGCUAACAAAAAAUAAAAUGAUUUUGCACAGUUAUGUUUUUGUUUCACAACUGCAGACCCAUACCUAUUCCUUCAUUAUUGCUUCAGGCAACACAGUGAUAAUUUGUGUUGCCAUACGUCCAACUGAGCAGCAGUAAUAUAAAAUACAAAGUGAACUAGGUAGAAAAAUUUUUCGAUCUGUGCAAAAAGAGAGAGAGAGAGACCCUGAUUAUGAGCUAGCAGCCUAAUGCCACAUUGAGGCAGUUGUCUACGAGAUAAUUAGUGAUUGAAUAAACAGCUGGAUGGGAUCUGAUGCCACAACACUGUUUAAUGCUUUGAAUGGAUCAUUACUGUCUCCGUAACACAUGUCCUUGGCAACAGAGUGUUGUACUUAAAAUUUAUUUCAUUGUGGUUUAACAAAACAGUGGUGUAGCUCAUAUUAUGUAUGUUUACUUUCUUGUUGUUUAAAUAAACAAAGAUUAAACUGUGAUUUUGAUCAUACA